CGACAGAUUUUCCUAGCAUCUGUCAUCCUGAUGGGAGACCGUGUUUGAUCUUAUUUCCUUAUAUGGUACACCUGCUUAAAACUGGGGAUAUUAAUUUUUGCUGUUUUGAAAAGACAGAUCUAGCAAUUACUUCCAAAAUUAUGCUUCAUGAAUGGACAGCCAGCAAAAGCGAAGUCUGAGCAAAACAAUACGUCGGUUUUGCUUUAUUUAAAGGGAUUAAUACAAAAUAGAAAACACCAAAGGCGAUGGAUUCGGGUAAUUCAACCAAUCCGCGCGGAGGAAAACUUCUUUUACCUAGAUUGGAAUACUCUCAACUCGCAAAUGGCUCUAACGUGGAAUAUAGGAAAAUGAGAAAAGAGAACGCUCAAGUCGAUGGUAUUUUUUUAAGUGACCAAAGCAGAGAUUUAUUCCAAAAAGAUGGAGAGCAUGCGGUCGAUAAAGAACGGCAUGAAAGUGCAGCGUUCACUAAGUUUUCCGUUCUACCACCUAUUCGGGAUAAGGAUCCAUCAAUAAAACAAGCUUUCCGAAACACAAGGCGGCCCUCGAACAUUAGAACAGAGAUGUUUGACAAACUGAAAGAUUCUCGAAGUAGUCUGGACUCCCAGCAACGAAGAGACAGCUUUCAGACGAGAAACGUAAGAACAGGAAUGAAACAAGAGCCUUACGGAAUAUCCAGCUCAAAUUCUUUAGCUAUUGUAGGUAGGAGUUUUACAGGACCUGAAUUUGAGGGUUUGGUUGUUGAUGGUUUGGACUGCAUCAAAACAAGUCCGCAACGUAGACCAUCAAGUAUGCCUAGCCCCGCGAGCAGACAGGCAGUGUGUUCACACUGCGGUGAAAUUGUGCUAAGAAAAAAAUACCCAUCGCGAGAUUCAAUUACCUCGAACAUGGAAAAUCUUUGGAAUAUCCCUGGGGUCUCCCAAAGAGGGCAAAACCUAAGACGAUUUAAUUCUGACACUUCAUCGACAAUUAUCUCCGUGGAAAAAUCAGACAGAAAGUUCUGCUUGUGUGGCAGUAAUAACACAGGCAGCCGCAGCAGGACGGAAAGCACGAGGCGGUUAAAGAGCAGUGCUUUUCUGAGCGCUGAUAAUGGAAAUAAAAAAAUGGGAGAAGGAACACGAUCUCCCCGUCCGCUAAGCCGUUGUCACAUCGAAAUUAAGAUGAGCGACCUUCCCGGAGGUGCGGAUAAGAAUUUAUCUAAAGUAAAAGCAAACGACGGCGACAGAUUAGAACUGGUUACUAACGAUACAACAACUGCGUUAGAAGCACCUUCUAUUCAAAUCGAAACGCCUGAACUAAAUGAAAAUAAUUCCCAUGAAGAGAAUGUGAACACUUACGAAGCUUCUCCUCAGAUGCAACUGUUAAUCGAUUCCCUAGAUAAAGCAAAAGAGGAAUUGCCAAAAGAGCAAUUGGAAAUGCCGCAAAUGUCGGUACGAGAAAAACGGCGACGUUCGGCACUUUGUCGCGUAAAGUCAAAACAAGUAGACGACUUUUUGCUCGUUCACAACCUUAGAGAUUUAGGAUUACUUUGACUAUUAGAGAUCUAGGAUUACUUUGACUAAAAAGGUAUGUAAAUUUCUUGUUCGUGCCUCUUUGAAGAUGUAUAUUCCGAUAAAGAAAGUGUGGCUUUAAUGAUCUGUUGGAAAUAAUAGCUUUGUAUACAAAGUUCGCGAGGGUAAUUUAUUUCAUGGAAGUUGUGGUGACAAAUUGCUAGAACUCUCCCACUUUGCCGUCUCCGAUACAGUCGUUAUCUCUAAAUUUUUUACCUUCUUAUUCUUAAUUCACUUAAAAAGAAACCGAACAGACUCACAUUCAUAAAAAGUUUAUACAUAUAUGCAUAUAAAUUUUCUUUUCUGGCGUAAGCUAUAUUUAUUCCACAAAUAAUACAUAAUACAAUAAUACAAUUUUUUUCUGUAUUGUAAUGUAUUCUUAAUGUACAAAAGAUAAUUGAUGAGCUCAAGAGAUAAAACUCGUUAAAAAUGUUCAAGUCGUUUCUGUACGAAGACAUCAAACUUACUUUUCUAUAUGAAAUUAAAACACAGCGUAAUAAAAAA